CGUCCCACCACUUCGUCAAAAUCGGCGCGGUGCGACGAGAGCGACCGCCUUCCGCCCUUUCCUUCUUCCCUCCCGUCGUCUUCACUCCGACGCCUCCCCUGCCGCUACCGCUAUUGCCUAUUGGGAGGGCGGUCCCUGUCGCGCGCGACGCCGAGGCUUCGUGACGGGGACACGCUGCUAAUUUGUAGCGCACCACACGCCGGCUCGGCCUCGGUUGCGCCUCGCCUCGCAUCGCAUCGCCUCGCCACGCCACGCCAGGGGAUUACUGGCGGGCAGCGCUCGUGCUUGUUGUGCAGCCGGUGCGUCUGCUCGUGGCCUGCGGCGAUGGGGCAGGACCUCGUCGAGAUCCACCCGCGCGAGCUCCAGUUCACAUUUGAGGUGAAGAAACAAAGUUCAUGUGUUGUCUGCCUAACCAACAAGUCCAACGAAUAUGUUGCUUUUAAGGUUAAAACGACAUCCCCUAAAAGAUACUGUGUUCGACCAAAUACCGGGGUUAUCCUUCCGAGGAAAACAUGUGAAUUCACAGUUACCAUGCAAGCGCUCCGGACUGCUCCACCAGACAUGCAAUUAAAGGACAAGUUUUUAGUACAGACCACAGUUGUUCCUUAUGGCACAUCUGAUGAAGAACUCGUUCCUGCCGUUUUCUCCAAAGAAACUGGCAGAUACAUCGAGGAAAGCAAAUUGAGAGUUGUUCUUGUUAGUUCAUACCAAUCCCUCGAAGAGCAACCCACUAAUGGAAUUCAUGACACUGAGCCAGCUGUUGAAGUUCCUUUACUGAAAGAGAUGCCAAAUUUAGGGAGCGAAGUACCAGAUGUUGCAAAAGAAAUUCCUGCCCCUCUGGUACAAGGUCCAGCAAUUGUGACCGGAAUACCUUCACCUGUCAAAGAGGUUCCAGGCCUGAGAGAAAUUCCUGUGCCACUGAACGAAGCACCAACUUUAUUGGCAGAAUUUCCUUCCCCUCAAAAAGAUCCCUCUGCUAUUACAGUUGAACAUGCCUCUAAUGUUACAAUUGAGCAUGCCCCUGCUAUUUCCAUUGAAUCCCCACCUUUGAAACAAAGUGUUCCAGUUUUUAAGGAAUCUCCUCUGAAACAAAGCGUUGCAGUUUUUAAGGAAUCUCCUCCUUUGAAACAAAGCAUUUCAGUUUUUAAGGAAUCUCCUCCACUGGAGGAAACUACUCCUAAAGAAGCUGUUAUGCUAAGUGACCGAGGGCUUUUCAAUGUGCAGAAUCAUCAAUUAUCCCAUGUAACAGAAGAUGUUCAGAAUAUGAAAUCAAAGCUCAACAAUCUUGAAUCAAAAUUGGAAGAGGCUGAAAAGAUGAUAAUAAGGCUAAGAGAAGAGAGCAGAAAUACCACCCAGGAGCGGGAUGAGCUACAGCAAGAAAUGGUAUUCCUAAGAAAGAAGGGAACCGCAAGGAGUCAAAUGGGUUUCCCCCUGCUCUUUGUGGUGUACGUGGCGCUUCUUGGUACCUGUAUCGGUUACCUGCUCCGCAUAUGAGUUCCAAACUUCAAAAAAGUUCAGCAGAUGGGAUAUGCUUCGUAUGUGGGCAAGACAAUUGAACGGCAGUUGCACUCCAAAAUGUUGAGGGGUGAAUUUAUUAGCAUUAUUAGUUCGGAACUUCAUAUGGUUUUGCACAUAACAGCAGUGCCAAACUACCAUCUGCCUGUAUGUAUAGAACAGUUACUUUUUUUCGCGUUUUAUAGAACCCACCCAAAAGAUGUCUGCUGCCUCGUAGACUAACCUGGGAUUCUUCUUCCAUCUACCUAAGAUUUUUUUUUACACUUUACUGGAUUCGCUUGCCCUGAA